UGAUAUCCCCUCUCUCUAUUGAGGAGAAGGCAAAGAAAGCAGAAGAGAGAAGAAGGAGCAUGGUUUCAACGAGACGCAGUGGAUCUCUUUCUGCAAACAAUACAAAAAGAUCUUCCUCCUCAGAAGAUAAGCCUCCUUCACCUAAACGUCAAAAGGUUGACAAUGGCGUUUCGUCGGAGAAACCGGCGCCGGUGGCGGAUAAUUCCAAGAAAACAUGUACUCCGGAGCCUGUCCCUGAUCCCGGAGAAUGUGGCUCCCGCGAUGCUCAGAUCGCCGGAGCGGGUGCCGCUGAUGGUGUGAGUUCCGGCAAGGGCGAUGCUACGCCUGCUGUGGCUGUGGCGGUGCCGAUUGCUGAUGCCACAUGUCCGUCGUUUUCUUCAUGGAGUAUAUAUCAGAAACAACCCUGGUGCAGGUUCUUGACGCAGUCUGCACAGAAUCCAAAUGUUCAUGUUUGCACUCCGAAUUUCACAAUUGGUUCUAGUAGAAAUUGCAACUUGGCACUGAAUGAUCAAACUAUAAGUGGGAAUUUAUGUAAGAUCAAGCAUACCCAGAGCGGGGGAUGUGCUGUAGCUGUGCUAGAAAGUACGGGCAGCAAAGGAUCUGUGCUAGUAAAUGGGACGCUUGUCAAGAAGAAUACCAGCUGUGUGCUUAACUCGGGUGAUGAGGUGGUUUUUGGCUCGCUGGGAAAUCAUUCUUAUAUUUUCCAGCAACUGAAUACUGAGGUUGCAGUUAGGGGUGCAGAAGUUCAGAGUGGUGAUGGGAAAAUUCUGCAGUUUGAAAGGAGAAGUGGAGACCCUUCAGCUGUGGCUGGGGCCUCUAUUUUGGCUUCUCUUUCUAACCUCAGACAGGACCUUACCCAACGGAAAUCACCAUCUCAGACCUCCAGUAAACCUCACCAAGGUGCUGAUGUCUCUAGUCAUUCUGUUCUUCAUGAUGAUACAGAAAUUGAGCUUGAUGGCUCAGAAUCAGCUCCAAAUAUACGGAGUGAUAAAGGAGGUGAUGUUGGAGCAAGCGACAAGAAUUCAACAAUGGAUUGCGACCUAGAUGCUGGCACAGAGGCAGGCAAUGUAAAAUUUUAUGGGGUGAAUGAUUCCCUAAGGCCUUUCUUCAGGAUCUUAGCUCGAUCUAGUUGUAAACUCAAAUUGAGCAAAAGUAUCUGUAAACAGGUAUUGGAAGAAAGAAAUGGGACACGGGAUACGCGAGCCGCAUCGUCUUCAGGUACAUCUGUGCGCUGUGCAGUGUUUAAAGAAGAUGUUCGUGCUGCAAUACUGGAUGGAAAAGAAAUGGAUGUGUCUUUUGACAACUUCCCAUACUAUUUAAGUGAGAAUACAAAAAAUGUCCUGGUGGCAGCUUGCUUGUUACACCUCAGGCAUAAAGGACAUGAAAAAUACACCGGAGAUCUUACAACCAUAAACCCUCGUAUUUUACUCUCAGGACCUGCAGGGUCAGAGAUAUAUCAGGAGAUGUUGGCAAAAGCACUUGCAAAAUACUUUGGAGCUAAGUUGCUCAUAUUUGAUAGCCAUUUGCUUUUGGGUGGUUUAUCUUCCAAGGAAUCUGAGCUACUCAAAGAUGGAUUUAAUGCUGAAAAAUCUUGCAGCUACCCCAAACGAAGUCCUACAACUACUAACUUGGCUAGGGCCAUGGACCCGUUAGCUAGUGAAACAGAAACACAUAGCUCUUUAAAUGCACCUGCAUCAUAUGGCCACGAGUCUCAACCUAAGUUGGAAACUGAUAACAUACCAUCUACCUCUGGAACAGCUAAAAAUUGCUUGUUUAAAUUAGGUGAUAGGGUUAAAUUUAGCUGUUCAUCAUCUUGUGGCUUGUACCAAACAUCUUCAAGGGGUCCACCUAGUGGAAGUCGGGGGAAGGUUGUCUUACUAUUUGAUGAUAAUCCAUUGUCUAAAAUUGGUGUGAGAUUUGAUAAACCGAUACCUGAUGGAGUUGAUCUUGGAGGGGCCUGUGAGGGAGGUCAAGGAUUUUUCUGCAAUGUCACUGAUCUUCGAUUGGAAAACAGUGGUGUGGAAGAACUGGACAAAUUACUUAUUAAUUUGUUGUUUGAGGUUGUUUUUAGCGAGAGCAGAAGCUCACCGUUCAUUUUGUUCAUGAAAGAUGCUGAGAAGUCUAUAGUUGGAAAUGGAGAUCCAGUUUCAUUUAAAAGUAGGCUUGAAAAGCUUCCAGACAGUGUGGUGGUAAUAGGUUCACACACUCAUACUGACAGUCGAAAGGAGAAGUCGCACCCUGGUGGUUUGCUAUUUACAAAAUUCGGUAGCAAUCAGACUGCCCUUCUUGACUUGGCUUUCCCGGAUAGUUUUGGACGAUUGCAUGACAGGGGGAAGGAAGUCCCAAAGCCAAACAAAACUUUAACUAAGCUUUUCCCAAAUAAAAUUACAAUCCACAUGCCCCAGGAUGAGGCACUUCUAGCAUCUUGGAAGCAGCAACUGGAUCGAGAUGUUGAGACUCUUAAAAUACAAGGAAAUUUACAUCACUUGCGCAUGGUUUUGGGCCGUUGUGGAAUGGAAUGUGAAGGACUUGAGACCUUGUGCAUUAAGGAUCAGACACUUACAAAUGAAAUUUCAGAGAAGAUAGUUGGGUGGGCUUUAAGCCACCACCUCAUGCAGAAUUCUGAAGCUGAUCCUGAUUCAAAACUUGUAUUGUCGAGUGAGAGCAUCCAGUAUGGAAUUGGAAUCUUGCAGUCUAUCCAGAAUGAGUCCAAGAGUCUGAAGAAGUCUCUUAAGGAUGUUGUAACAGAAAAUGAGUUUGAAAAGAGGCUUUUGGCUGAUGUUAUUCCACCUAGUGACAUUGAUGUUACUUUUGAUGAUAUUGGAGCUCUUGAAAAUGUCAAGGAUACACUGAAGGAGUUGGUGAUGCUUCCUUUACAGAGGCCUGAGCUGUUUUGCAAGGGGCAAUUAACCAAGCCAUGCAAGGGUAUCCUAUUGUUUGGUCCCCCUGGAACAGGUAAAACAAUGCUUGCAAAAGCAAUUGCUACCGAAGCAGGUGCAAACUUCAUCAACAUUUCCAUGUCAAGCAUUACGUCUAAGUGGUUUGGUGAGGGUGAGAAAUACGUGAAAGCUGUUUUCUCUCUGGCGAGUAAAAUUGCUCCUAGUGUUAUAUUCGUUGACGAAGUUGACAGCAUGUUGGGUCGGAGGGAAAAUCCAGGGGAGCAUGAGGCCAUGCGAAAGAUGAAAAAUGAAUUCAUGGUGAAUUGGGAUGGCUUACGGACAAAGGAUACUGAGCGAGUUCUUGUGCUUGCAGCCACUAACAGGCCUUUUGACCUAGAUGAAGCUGUUGUAAGGAGGCUGCCCCGAAGAUUGAUGGUGAAUUUGCCAGAUGCUCCUAAUAGAGGAAAAAUAUUGAAAGUCAUACUGGCAAAGGAGGAAUUGUCUUGUGAUGUUGAUUUGGAUGCAGUUGCAAGCAUGACUGAUGGAUAUUCUGGAAGUGAUCUUAAGAAUUUGUGUGUAACUGCUGCACACCGUCCAAUUAAAGAGAUAUUAGAAAAGGAAAAAAAGGAACGUGUUCUUGCUCUAGCAGAAGGUCGACCUGCUCCAGCAUUAUGUGGCAGUGGGGACAUCCGAUCUUUAAACAUGGAAGACUUUAAAUAUGCUCAUCAACAGGUAUGUGCAAGUGUUUCCUCUGAAUCAGUAAAUAUGACUGAGCUUUUACAGUGGAACGAACUAUAUGGCGAAGGUGGUUCAAGAAUAAAGAAAGCACUCAGCUACUUCAUGUGAGAGUUUUUCUUUUGCUGACAUGUUUUCCCCGCAUUGCUGCCUCUAUCUGCUGAAGCCUGCAUGUUUGUAGUUUUGCCAAUCUUUUCACCAUCCCAGGGGUCGCUGCUGAGCCAUUUUGUUUGUAAAAUGAAAUAUAGGUUUUUUAAAGUUAUUUUUCUUACAUGUGGGAUGGUGGAUUUUGAAAGGAAUGGAGCCUUCCAGAAUUUUGGCCUGGCUCUGCUGCUUUUGUUUUGUUCCUCAUCCAAAAAAAACAUCUGUUGAUUAUUUUUCUUAUUUUUUUUCUUUUCAAGUUAUAGAUAUCCUACUAGAAGAUAAAAUAGCCAGAUGAUCCUGUGCAUAUAUUUAUUGUCACUCCUAUUGAAAUCUUCUGGAACAAUAAGCAUUUAGAUCUUGUCUUUUAUCUAUUUUAUGUACAUAUAAUGCAUGUUA